AUGACUAGGCCUUCCAUUAUUAGAGCCGACACCAUCGAUCUGCAGCAUAGCAACGCCCCCUCAACCCAGGACCACACUCACCCUCGAUCUGACCCGGACGACGCCCACCACCGAGCGCCUCACCAGGCCGAAACCCUGCGCGACGUCGCCCACGAGACAGCCCAAGAGCUACAGCAUAGCCCGGCUGUACAACCCGCCGCUGCCAAUUCCUCGGACAGCGCGCCCUCGCAGUCGCAUCAGCCUGCCCCUACCACCAGUCAUCCCGCUGACGACGACGUCGACGGUACCCAAAAUCCAGACCAACGGGCGGCUGAUCUCACCGACGCCCUCACCAUGGACUCCUACCGCCAGCACGAGCAGGAUGCCAAUGCCGCCCCUCAUAAUGGUACCUCCUCCUCCGACGAGGAUGAUAUCCACGGCGAUGCCAUUGACGACCUGGACGACGACCUCAUGGAUAAAAUUUCGAGCUCCCCCUCGAUAGAAGAUGGAACAAAUAACGACAAAGCUGCGGAUACGCUCGAAAAUGCCGCCUCAUCUGGUGCCGACCCGGCUACGGAGAUUCCCUCGGAACCUAGCAAAGAAGAAGAUGACGCUCCUGCUGACGACGUGACCCCCGCCACCCCAUUUGAUCCAGAAUACAAUGAUUUUAGCUCGGACGAAAGCUUACAUGACUCAGAGGACAUCGAUUUCGAAUUUGUCUACGCCCUUCACACCUUUGUCGCCACGGUGGAGGGCCAAGCAAAUGCAACCAAGGGUGACACCAUGGUACUUCUUGACGACAGCAACAGCUACUGGUGGCUUGUCCGCGUCGUCAAGGACAGCAGCAUUGGUUAUCUUCCUGCAGAGCACAUUGAGACUCCCACAGAACGACUAGCCCGCUUAAACAAGCACAGAAAUAUUGACUUGUCUGCGACUAUGCUGGGAGACCAGGCUGUCAAAUCUAAGCCUUCUUUUAAAGGCAUCCGCCGCAAGCGCAAGACGGUUGCUUUCUCGGAACCCACCUAUGUUGAUUACUCCGACUUUGACUAUUCUACCGACGAGGAGGACAUUGACGAACUCUUUGGCACGCAGCCGCAAUCUGCCAGGGAGCAGGCCGCCCAGACUGUGCAGCAGGACCAGGAAGCUUCCGAAGCCGCUCGUGUAGAGCCACUCCGUACUAAGGACUCUAAGGCCGACGAAACUCAGGAUACCAAAGUCACCAGUGGCGAAAGGGCCACAAAGGAAGGUGGCCUUGACAAGGUUGACUCUGGCCAACUCGGACAGGAUGGAGACGAAGACACCACCAGCUCUGUUGACGAGAUCAUUGACGAGACGACAAGUGUUAGCCGAUCCAAGAAUGGCACUGUACGUAACACGGAUUCCUUCUUCAACGACGAGGAAACCAAGAAGAUCACCCUCACCCCAAAUCUGCUGCGCGACAGUGACGCUACCGCCAGACCCUCGACGGACUCUGCUGGCAAGGACUCGGCUAAGAGCCGGUCCAGUCUCGACAAGAUGGAAAGGGAGCUAGUCUCGGACAAGGAAAGAAAGAAGAGCAAGGACAAGAAGCCAAGCGUCAUUCGCAGCUUUUUCUCUAGAAAGGACAAGAAGAAGUCGGAAGACGACGACGAGUCCUUUGGAAAGCGCUCUAUGGACAUUAUGGAGGCCGAAGAUCGGGACGACGCCAGCUCGCCCGACAAGUCUCAGCGCAACGGCAAGCUGCAAAAGGUGCAACCGCGCCUUGAACCCCAGCCGCAGGCUGGACGCAAGCUGGCUACCUCGCAAACACAAAAGUCCACCGUCGAGCUGUCAUCCUAUCUCAACGAGACGCGCACAAACGACGUCUCUUCUGUACCACCUGCCUCAAUGCGCAUUGUCGAUCCCGAGACGCAAGAAACGCGCAGUGUAUCGUCCAACCAGCUGCAACAAUCUCCCGAGUCUGGACCCAGCCGCUCGUCGUCGGCGGGCAGUCGCAGCGAGAAGGCGUCUGCUGCUCUAUCCAAAAUGAUCCCCCAUCGCACCCCCAGCAGUGGUGCGGAUCCCAAGCCGCAAAAGACCAAGAAGGCCAAGACGAGAAUGGAACUGGACGCCUCCGACAGCCCGGAGGAGCAGGAGCAAAACGAGGAGACUACCUCGUCAAGCCAAUCACACAGCGUUGCUGCUGCUGCUGUCGGCGCUACUGCUGCCGCCGCUGGCGUUGUUGGCGCCGCCGCCGCCGCCAAAUCCCAUGGCGCCCCGUCACCUUCUUCCCCAGUCAUGUCUAGAGACAGGACCGCCACGCCGCAGACCAACACAGUCCAAACAGGAGACGCGGUACAGGCCUCACCCGGCAACGCCUCAAACCCGCCUGGCCUGGUGCCCGACACGUCCUCUGCGGAAGACCGCUCGCCCAACCCAUCACCGUCGCCCGAGCUCAUGUCCAAGGGCGGCAGCGCCGCCAGCAGCCGCAAGGAGUCGUGGGACGACGUCAAGCUGCGCGCCUUUUUCGACGAGAGCGACCACAUCCGCGACCUUCUGGCCGUCGUCUACGAUAAGUCGGACGCGGAGCCCGUCGGUGCCGACCACCCGGCCAUCGGCGGCCUUUUUAGGGAGCAAAACGCCAAGCUGGCCGAGAUUACCACCCAGCUUGACAAUUUGCUGGGAGACUGGCUGGCGCGGAAGCAGCGUCUACGAGGAUCCGCCUAG